UCUGCCUCUCUCUACUCGCCUCUCUCUCUAAUCGCCUCUUCCUGAUCCCCUCUUCCUGAUCCCAACGCCCUUUUCAAGUUUGAGAUGAGUUACCCCGGAUACCCUCCAGCAGGUGGAUACCCUCCAGCGGGGGGAUACCCUCCUCAGGGCGGGGGAUACCCAGGAGGAGGCUACCCUCCCCAGGCAGGAAGCUACCCACCUGCCCCUGGGGGCUACCCCCCUGCCCCUGGAGCCUACCCCCCACAGACCGGAGGAUACCCCCCUCCAGGGGCUGGAUACCCCCAAGCUCCAGGCGGAUACCCCCCUCAGGCUGGAGGAUACCCCUCCGGAGGAUACCCUCCUCAGGCAGGAGGCUACCCUCCGCAGCCUGGAGCAGGAGGCUACCCCGCCAUGCCCCCUGCAGGUGGAGGCUGGGGGUCAGCUCCAGGUGGAUAUGGACCGCCAGGUGGCGCUCCUCAGGGUUAUCCCACUGGCCCUGCUCCAGGACAGCCUAUGCCAAAUUACCCAGCAGGCCCUGCACCUGGCCCCUCCCACCCGGGUGGCCAACCCCACCCGGGUGGCCAACCCCACCCGGGUGGCCAACCCCACCCACACGCUCCUGCUGUUUCGAAAGGAUACAGAGGCUCCAUCAAAGACUUUCCUGGAGCCGAUCCACUGAGAGACGUGGAGGUGCUGCGUAAAGCCAUGAAGGGCUUUGGCACUGACGAAAACGCAAUCAUCGAGCUUCUUGGGAACAGAAGCAGUAAACAGCGUGUUCCUCUGGUGGCAGCUUACAAAACCACUUAUGGGAAGGAUUUACUUCGUGAUUUGAAGUCUGAGCUCACAGGGAACUUUGAGAACCUGGUCCUGGCUCUGCUCAUGUCUCCAUCUCAGUUUGACGCAGCUGAACUCAGAGAAGCAAUAAAGGGAGCUGGCACAGAUGAGGCCUGUCUCAUUGAAAUCUUGUCUUCUCGCAGCAACGCUGAGAUUCAUGAAAUCAACAGGAUUUACAAAUCAGAGUAUGGAAAGUCUUUGGAGGAUUCUAUCAGUGGUGAUACGUCCGGUCACUUCCGCAGACUCCUGGUGUCUCUGUGUCAGGGAAACCGCGACGAGAGGGAGACUGUGGAUGUCUCAUUGGCCAAACAGGACGCUCAGAAACUGUACGCUGCAGGAGAAAACAAAGUGGGCACAGAUGAAUCACAGUUUAAUGCCAUUCUGUGUGCACGCAGCAAACCACACCUCCGAGCAGUGUUCCAUGAGUACCAGCAGAUGUGCGGCAGAGAAAUGGAGAAAAGCAUCUGCAGAGAAAUGUCUGGGAACGUGGAGUCUGGGAUGGUGGCAGUGGUCAAAUGCAUCAAAAACACUGCAGCCUAUUUCGCCGAGAGGCUGCACAAGGCCAUGGCGGGGGCGGGGACUAAGGACCGGACUCUGAUCCGGAUCAUGGUGUCUCGUUCUGAGAUCGACAUGUUGGACAUCAGACAGGAAUAUCUGAAGGCCUACGGGAAGUCUCUGUACACCCACAUCUCUGGGGACACAUCUGGUGACUAUAAAAAGCUGCUGCUGAAACUCUGUGGAGGAAAUGACUGAAGCUAAACUCAGUGUAUUGAUGAUUAUCGAUUAUAAUUGAUAAUUGAUUAUAAUCGAAUUAUAAAGUUAUCAUCAAUUAUAAAGAGAGAUGACCUUAUAUCCUUGUGCAUGCUUUUUGUAUCGUGUCAAAAGUAGACAUUUGCCAAACAGUGAAUAUGUUUUAUAUUUUUAGAUUCAUAAAGUUGCUUUCAUAUAUUCUCUAUAGAUGAAAUAAUGACUAACAGUUUGUUUUAAAUUUUAACACGUGACUUUAUCAGACCAGUGGAUUAUUGUGAAGGUGGGAUUCUAGUUUUGGUCCAAAAUCCUUCUCUUAAAUUAAAGUGGAAGUUAGAUUUACCGCCCUCGCUGUUUCAUGACCUCUUUGGUCCAUUAAAGACACACUAUGGAACUUUUCUGAUGAAGCGACUGCCAAUUUUCAGAUGUUAUUGAUUUGCCUGGAAUGUUCCAGCAUAGGGCAUUAAACUUAUCACUCAAAUAUUUGGUUAAUUACAGGUGUUUUUACUGGUCAAACCCUUUGAAAUACAGAGUGGGCUCGCCUCUCUGCAGAUCAGACCUGUAAGUUCUUGUGGCACCUGCUGGUCUCCAUGGAGAUAGAUCUAAGUUUAAUGCCAUACUGUGGAAUAUUCCAGGCAUGUAGCAAUAACAUUUCCAUGGAGACCAGCAGGUGGUGUACCCUCCACUGGACAAGUUGCAUAGUGCUCCUUUAACUGUUUUAUUAUUUAUAUUUACGAUUAAUUUGACUUUGAAUUUCUGUAAAACAAAAAUUUGUCAAAUAUUUCAGAUUUUUCUGUUUUUAUAAGUUCAUCUCCACGUCAAGAAGUGUUUUAUCUGCAGUUUAUUCAUGUUUUUAUGUCACGAUCGAUCAUUAGAUCAGACCAAUAGAUCAGAUAUAUCGUUUUUAAUUUUCAUAUUGCCAUUCUUUUGAGUUCAAGUCACGCUUUAAACAGAUCUGUUUCUUCUAAUCAUUCAAAAUGGCGUCUUUAUCCAAACAAUUUUAAAAUGACUCAUUGAUGACGUCAUAGAAACGAAUCAGAAACAUCACAAUGAUUAGAAUUAUUAUCACUUCUGUGUUUUUGUGCAGACGUAGACCUACAUUUAACUACAGACAAAACUGAAUCAACUAAAAUGUUCAGUCUGGAUUUUUUUUGGGGUUUCUGGUUCGUAGUUUACCGAACGAAAAAAAUGAAAUUUACAAAUUAUCAACAGAAAAAAAGAUGUAAUAUUCUUCUCUAUGCAAAUGUGUUUUCAGUGUAACGUUCGAGCCCUGAUGACAUUAAGAAAAAAAAAAAAUAUAUAUAUAUAUAUAUAUAAAAUAAUAAUAUUAUAGUGGCCUUUUACUCUUGUGUUUACGUUGAGUUUGGUCCAUGCUGUGCCUUUAAGAAGAAAAUUCUAUUUACUAGUGAUUUAUUUGAGCCGAACAUUAAAACUCACUGUUUAAAUUUAAAAAUAUGUAAAAUGAGUAAUUUAAGUUUUUCAUUAUUUUCAAAUAUUACUAUUCGAUUUCCGGAGCCCACAACUGAAAUAUCACCCACUGAACUAAUAAGCUGACAUCUUUAGCCUUGUUUACUUUAAAUGCAUCGCUGUAUUACAGGUGCUUCUCCUGUAGAGGGCGCCUUGUAUCUGCUUUAACACUGCUGUGGUGUCUGUCUCUAACCCCACGUCUCGUCCUGAUAAAACUGUAACAAAUAUAAAGCACGUUUGGAUGGAGCUCAGAGUUCAAAUAAAUCACAUU